GUGCUUGACUGAUUGUCUAUUCCAACAUUCACUCCUUCGCCAUUGUCUCCUCUUGCCUCGUCUAAAUACGAGCCUCACCCUCGCGCUCAUUCCAUGAUACCACAUGCUUCUGAAAAGGUUUGUCAAUUGUCACUUAUUUCCUCACUUGACUGACAAACACUAUAGGGACCUCCCUCGUCCAUUCACUUCAUGCAUCUACUGUCACUCUUUUGCCGCGUCACCUCGCCCUCUUAUUCACCUUUCCCUUCACAUGCGGCACUUGCCUCAUUGUCACUCUCCCCUCCCAGUGCAGGUCCUGUCCUAUAAAUAUUUCCUUCUCCCACGCCAACUUCCUCUCUUAACUUCCUCUCUUCCUCUUUCCUUCUCAUACACCCUUCCUUCAUUCCUCCAGUCCUGUCAAAAUCUCAGUGCCGCACAAUCAUCAUGGUUCUGGGUAUGCUCGCUCCCAUUGAGCCACCUCAGGGCGAUUACGGCACUGAGGUGGUCACUGUUAUCGUCGGUACAGAACGCAAAGAGUUCACCAUACACAGUGAACUUUUAUUCACCGCCGUCCCCGUGUUCCGCGACUACCUCGAGGAAGGCUCCAGCCACCGGCUUCCUUCUGCGCUCAAUGCUAUUCGAGUCGAGGGCGGUGAUUGGAAUUCCUGCGACGGAUGCAAGAAAAUUGUUCUCCCACACGAAGAUCCAUUGUUGUUCUCGCUCUUCCGCGACUGGAUUUAUUCUGGACGCAUUCCCGACAACAUCUCUCGGUACAUGAAGGCAGGACAUGAAUCCUACCCGGACUUGUUCUGGUGGCGAGUAUUGCAACUUGGUGAGAAACUCCGAACUGGUAGUUUGCCUGGGCUUGCUGUGGGUGAACUUGAGAAACUGUUCUCUCCAGAAAAGCCAAGUAUUCCGAGUGACCACUUCAUCAGAAGUGUAUUCGAUGAGCCGUCAGCAAAGUGGAACUGCAUGAGGCAGUACAUCGUCCGCCAUGUCGCGUUCUGGGUGGAAAAGAGCGCAGACCGUAACGCCUGGCAUCGACUCCUCAACAUUCACAAGAACGUCGCUUCUGGACUUGCUUCAGCUCUCAUGCAGAAGAAGACCUACCAUCCACAGGGAACAUGGGGACAAUCGAUCUGCUCGGACCUCUGCUAUCACGGACUGAUGUAUGAGUAUGAGGUGGAUACAGCAUACAGUGGCAUCGAGGAGAGCUGCUAUCUCUCAGAGAAUCGUACCUUCCACCUCACUCAUGCCCGAUUGAUUGACGACAAUGCAUUCAAGGUGGCUCGGAGCGAAGCGGAUGGUAAUCCUGCUGAGCCAUGCGUGAUUGAUCCAGAUUAUGAGUCAGUAUGCGUAGAUCAGUCCCACUGGGAGCCCGAGGAGUCAUCAAGCACUGAACGAUCGGUCAUCGCAACUCCGACACAGUCGACCAUCCCCGAACCGCCAACUGAGGCCGCUCCGCCAAUUCCAUCACAAGCGGCUCCAUCGCCAAUCAUCACUUCUUCGAUCAGUGGUCAGCAUGUGAACACUCAGCACCCCCAAGACUUCGUCAAUGAUGUUGGCGGUUCAAACCAUGCUGAUCUCGUGGCGAAGUUCAGUGCUUGGCUCCUCAAUGAGGCAUCAGGCCAGACUGGCAUCAAGGGUCACGACAGCCAACGGACCGCUUCGAACUUCAAGCGUGCAGGGAACGUAGCAUAUCUUCCGCCGAUCAGCAAUGCUGCCAAUUUCAACAGCCACAAUGAGCCGACACGCACUGGUGCAGUCAACAACGGUCGGGCAAGCCACAGCGGACUUGAUGCUCCCAACUAUUGCCACUGUCCUUAUGACAACUGUCCUUAUGACAGAUGUCCUUAUUACGGCCUGGAUGUGGUCGAUCCCGAAACACCUGGCACAUGCAUCGGCUGCGGUCGUGAAGCCCACUACACUGACAAGCUGGCACUGGCAGAUGGAUUAGGACCACGGCAGCAGCACAAUGAGGCUGGCGAAACUUGGGGAGACUCAAUCGAUACAGACCUUGGCGACUGGACUAACACUGGUGGCAAUCGAAAGGUUCGGAGAACAUACGGGGAUGCAUGGUGAACGAACAGCAACAGUGCUGAACAAGUGGCGACACUACUGGGGGUGAGGAGCAGAUAAUUCACGAUCAAUCUGCAGCUCAGAAUGGGCGUCUGGAGUCGAGGCAGACUGGAGAAGUGGCAGACGAAGACCUUUCUAUGUGCAUGUACGGAUCAACGGCGACAGUUUCGCGCCUACUCACCAGUCUCAGAUCGAAGAGUCUGCUCCUCCAUAGCAUUAUUGAAUAACA